CUGCCGCAGGACUUUACUGGGCAGGCUCGCGGCGAGGGUAGCCCGGCCUUCAUAGGCGGAAGAGGGCUGAGUGACGGUCCAGCCCCGCCUUCUGGUUAAAGGGACAUGUUCAACACGGAAAUGUCCCGGGGCUGCAUUGUGCUGCAGCUAGAAUGAAGCACAUCAACUUGUCAUUUGCAGCGUGUGGAUUUCUGGGCAUUUACCACUUGGGGGCAGCAUCUGCACUUUGCAAACAUGGCAAAAAGCUUCUGAAGGUUGUCAAAGCCUUCGCUGGUGCUUCUGCGGGAUCCUUGGUUGCUUCUGUUCUGUUAACAGCACCAGAAAAAAUAGAGGAAUGUAGCCAAUUUACCUACAAGUUUGCUGAAGAAACCAGAAGGCAGUCUUUCGGGGCAGUAACACCUGGUUAUGACUUCAUGGCCCGACUAAGAAGUGGAAUGGAGUUGAUUCUUCCUUUCAAUGCUCACGAGCUGGCUCAGAAUCGACUGCACGUAUCCAUCUCCAACACCGAAACCAGAGAAAAUUACUUAGUCUCCAAUUUUUCCUCCAGGGAGGACCUUAUUAAGGUCCUCCUAGCCAGCAGUUUUGUGCCCAUUUAUGCAGGACUGAAGCCAGUGGAAUACAAAGGGCAGAAGUGGGUGGAUGGAGGCCUCACCAACAGUCUUCCCAUUCUGCCCUUUGGCCGGACAGUGACCAUCUCCCCCUUCAGUGGACGACUGGACAUCUCCCCACAGGACAAAGGGCGUCUGGAUCUCUAUGUUAAUAUCACCAAGCAGGAUAUCAUGAAGGACCAACCCUGCAGGUGGAUCCCUGAUUCAUAAACUCUCCCUUGCAAGCUUGGACUUGGGCCAUGUAAAAUCUACUGGGCACUUUUGUGGAUCCCUGCCUUCACAGAGCUCACCUGAGCAACCAAGAAAACAAACAUGUGAGAUAAUUUAGGCCACACAAGCAAUGUGAAAGAGCCAGGAAGCUUGAGGAAGGUGCAUGGUGGCUGCUUCUCCUUUUGUCUGAAAGUAGGAUGUGCUGGUGUCUGUCACUAGCCAAGACAGGAACUUCUCUAUUACCCCGUUACCCACCAUUCACCUGGACACCCACCUCUCACAAGAGGAACACCUGGAGGAGAGGCUCAGGAUAACACAUGUCCAAAUCCUGAAGUUACUCCAGGAAGAAGGUUAAAUGGUCCAAGGAGUGAUCACUAGACUUACUGAAACUGCGAACACAUCAACACUGGGGAUACUUCAGUGUCCCCAAAACUUGGUUCCUGGCAAGGUCAUGGAACUAAGCAAUUUAGCUCUACUGAUCAACCUCAGUCAGAAUUAUCUCUUGACAAUUUCAAAUCCAAAGGGGUUACUAGUGUCUCUCACUCCCAUUGAGGGAAAAGAUAUGGUGUACUUUGCCAUUUCCAUUUGCUUCUACUGGCUGAACAGAAUCAUGGUAAUGGAUGACCUUAUUGUACUUGUCAAGGGGAGAUGGAUUUGCUGCCAUAUAAUGGGGAUAGGAAGGUGCAUGAAAUUCAGGUAACCCCUUCGGUUACCAGUCUAUGACUUGCACUAGUGGAAUAGUUACUGGGAAACCAUUGCAACCUUAUAUGGCAGAAGAAAGGGCACACAUCCCUGAGGACCUUAGGUUUGGGUCAUGCCACUAGAAAAUGGACUCUGAUCACCUAACCUGUGCCUGAAAGGGAAGCCACCAUGGAACAGAGAAUAAUUGAGGAAAGUCAAUGUUACCUCAGAAACAGUAGCAACCACAGUGACCUAGGAUGGCCAACCUGAUGCGAAAUAGCUGAGUUUCAGAAGCCUGGUCCCCUACCAGCUGCCAAUAAUGGGGACCAUUCAUAUCAUAUCCUUCCAGUACCUUCUCUGUGUGACUUAAGAUAGCCAGAGUCUAUUACUUGCUGCUGAAGGACCCCACUUAGAUAGGAUCAAUGUACACUUGACCCUUGAACAAAACGGGUUGGAACUAUGAGGGUCCAUGUAGAUUUUUUCAGUAAAAAUUAGACCAAGUGUGCCUGCCUCUCCUGCCUCCCCUUCCACUUCCUCUACCUCUUCUGCCUCUGCCACCCCUGAGGCAGCAAGACCAACCCCUCCUCUUCCUCCACCUCCUCAGCCCAGUCAAUGUGAAGAAAAGGACAAAAACCUUUACGAUGAUCCACUUUUACUAAGUAAACAGUGAAUAUAUUUUCUCUUUCUUAUGAUUUUUUAAAAUAAUAUUUUCUUUUCUCUAGCUUACUUGAUUGUGAGAAUAUGGUAUAAAAGUCAUAUACCAUACAAAAUAUGUCUUAAUUGACUAUGUUAUUGGUAAGGCUUGUAGUCAAUAGUAGGCUCUUAAUAGUUACAUUUUGGGAGAGUGAAAAGUUAUGUGUGAGUUUUUGACCACAGGAGUAGUGGAUUGGGAAGUCAAAACCCCUAACCCUUAUACUGUACAAAGAUGAACUGUAUAUAAAUAUCUGUCCAACAACUGGUGAAAAAGCAGAUGAUUACUUAACAAUUAUUAAUUUCUUAUGUAAAAAAUCCCUGUGUAGGGCAGUACAGUGGUGCUUGUUUUAGUGUACCCAGGUCUUUCCUCCUAAAGUAAGCAUUAAAAAGAUAGGAAACAUAAAGGGGCCUUGAUUAGGUUGGCAUUUACAGAUAUUCAGCUUUGACAUGUAUCUGUUAAACAGGAGAGGUUGUCAUUUGUCUCCCAACUAGGAACCUGGUGCUUAAGUAGAACUUACAUGUGCUGUAAAAGAGUAGGAGUGUCCGCUUUCAAAUACAACAUCCUUCACACUUAGAAACUGAGAAGAGGAGCUGAAGGAGAUCAAAUGGCACAUUCGAUCAUUCCACAUGUGAUAAUUGAUAUCACAUUAUCAUUCCCUACAUUUCACCAUAAAGUUGUUUCUGGCUGAGAGUCUUUGUAAAAUCCUCCUCACACACUAAGAACUAAAUACAUGAAUGGAUUUGAAUUAGUUUUGGUUUUAUACUAUGUUUUUGGUUGCAUGUUAUAGCCACCUAUGUAUUCUAAUGUUUGGUACAACAUUUUCUCCAAUAAAUUCCAAUCUUUCUUCAGUAUAAUCUGUUUUACAAGGUAAUCCAAUACAUAUAUGCAUAUAUUUUACGCAUGUAUUUCUAUAUGCAUCUCGGUAUACCUAUGCAAAUAUAAAU